AUGGCUGUUUUAAAGGUUUUCUUUUUGUUGUCAUUUUGUAUGCUUGUGAAUACCGAGAACGCGUCCACUCAGGAACGGCUGCUUUUAAGUUCGCUUGGGCUUUUAAGUCGCCCGAGACCGGCAGCUCCGGGCCCGGUUCCGUCGGUGCUGUGGAAAAUGUUCCGGAAGGCUGAGGAAAGGCGCGAGGCGGCUGCAUGCACAGUCCCGGAGUUUGGAGUCAAAGGGAACAUUGUCCGAUAUGUUCAAGACCAAGGCGGGCUGAUCGGUGGCUGCUGCGCAUGCGUGGAGCACCAUUUGUAUUUUAAUAUGUCUGUCCUGGAAGAUCUUGAGCAGCUCACACUGGCCCAGUUGGAAGUCAAGUUCAAAUCCUCCUCCUUCCUUGCGUCACGAAAAGACAUUGUCUUCAACAUGGACGUGUACAGAGUCCUAAGGAGCGCGUUAAAGGGCAUGGAUCAGAAAUCCAGUCGCAGGCUGCUGUUCUCCCAGUCUGUCCAGUGCACCCCAGGCACCAUCCUCUUUAACCUGACUGAUCUGGCUGAGUCGUGGAGAAAACCAGGCAAAAACCACGGCAUGGUUUUGGCACUCCAGGCCACCUGUCUGAGCAACGAGCUGGGCCAGGAGGACCAAGGAAUCCAGCAUCAAGGACAAGUGGAGAUGCCGGAGUUGGUGGCGUCCCUCGUGGUCGUUUCUCUGAACCCUAAGCAGUGCCGGACAAGGAAGAAGCGCAGCGCGUAUUAUUUACCCAUCACUCCCAGCAACGUGUGCAAACCCAGACGCCUCUAUAUAGACUUUAAAGACGUGGGCUGGCAGGAUUGGAUCAUUGCGCCCCAAGGAUACGUGGCUAAUUACUGCCACGGAGAGUGCCCUUUUCCUCUGAGCGAACGCUUGAACGGGACUAACCACGCCAUCUUGCAGACCCUGGUGCACUCGUUUGACCCGAAAGGAACUCCUCAGCCGUGCUGCGUUCCCAUUAAACUGUCCCCCAUCUCUAUGCUCUACUACGACAAUAAUGACAACGUGGUGCUCAGACAUUAUGAGGACAUGGUGGUGGAUGAAUGUGGUUGUAGAUGA